UCCCCGCGCUUCCAGAGGGGGCUCGCAGAGCUGAGGACGCGCUCGCCCUGCUCAAGGUCCCUCCCUCGCUUCCUCCGUACCGGCACCAGACGCGGGUGCCAAGGGGCUCCGGGCACCUUUCUGUGUCCCUUCCCUCGAUCAGCCGCUACUCCGCAACCCAGCCGCUGCCGCUGCGGCCACCGCCCGAGGGGACCUACGGACCGGAGGAGGGGUGCGCAGCGCCCGCUCAGAGCGUCCCCUCCAGUGCGCAGCGAGACCCAGGCCUCCGGGCCCCGAGAGUCCCUGGCCAGGUGCACGGGACUGAAGUUUUUGGAGGAGGGAGCCCAACUCUUCAAGGUGAACUAUGACCACUUUACUCUUGGUUUUUGUGACUCUGAGGGUCAUCACGGCUGUCAUCUCAGAAGAAGCUUCAGGCCAUGACAGUGCGCUGAGUGUGAGCAUCCCCCAGCCGUCCCCGCUGAAGGUCCUCCUGGGGACCUCACUCACCAUCCCCUGCUACUUCAUCGACCCCGUGCACCCCGUGACCACCGCCCCCUCCACUGCCCCCCUUUCCCCGAGGAUCAAGUGGAGCCGCGUUUCCAAGGAGAAGGAAGUGCUCCUGCUGGUGGCCACUGAGGGGCAUGUCCGGGUCAACAGCGCCUACCAGGACAGGGUCUCGCUGCCCAGCUACCCAGCUAUCCCCAGCGAUGCCACCUUGGAAAUCCAGAACCUGCGCUCGAACGACUCUGGGGUCUACCGCUGCAAGGUGAUACAUGGGCUCGAGGACAGCGAGGACAGCUUGGAGGUCAUGGUGAAAGGCAUCGUGUUCCACUACAGAGCCAUCUCCACGCGCUACACCCUUGACUUCGACAGGGCCCAACGGGCCUGCCUGCAAAACAGCGCCAUCAUCGCCACGCCAGAGCAGCUACAGGCCGCCUACGAGGACGGCUUCCACCAAUGUGACGCCGGCUGGCUGGCUGACCAGACUGUGCGGUACCCCAUCCACACUCCCCGGGAAGGCUGCUACGGAGACAAGGAUGAGUUUCCUGGGGUGAGGACCUACGGCAUCCGGGACACCAAUGAGACCUAUGACGUGUACUGCUUCGCUGAGGAAAUGGAGGGCGAGGUCUUCUAUGCGACGUCCCCGGGAAAGUUCACCUUCCAGGAGGCCGCCAGCGAGUGCCGACGGCUGGGCGCGCGCCUGGCCACCACGGGCCAGCUCUACCUGGCUUGGCAGGGUGGCAUGGACAUGUGCAGCGCCGGCUGGCUGGCCGACCGCAGCGUCCGCUACCCCAUCUCCAAGGCCCGGCCCAACUGCGGGGGCAACCUCCUGGGCGUGAGGACCGUCUACCUGCACGCCAACCAGACCGGGUACCCUGACCCCUCAUCCCGCUACGACGCCAUCUGCUACACAGGUGAAGACUUUACAGACAUCCCAGAAAAUUUCUUCAGUGUGGGUGGUGAGGAGGACAUCACCAUCCAGACGGUGACCUGGCCCGAUGUGGAGUUGCGUCUCCCUCGAAACAUCACAGAGGGGGAAGCUCGAGGAAACGUGAUCCUCACAGUGAAGCCCAUCUUUGAGGUCUCCCCCACCGCCUUGGGGCCCGAGGAGCCCUUCACAUUUGCCCCAGACGUGGAGGCCACGGCUACCUUCCCUGAGGCUGAGAAUGAGACUGAAGAGGUCACCAGGCCCUGGGGCUUUCCUGAGGAAUCCCACCGCACCGCCUUCACCCGUGAGGACCUGGUCCUGCCGAUGACCAUUGCCCCAGGUGCAGCAGAGGUCCCUGGGCAGCCCCGUUUGCCAGGUGGGGUUGUGUUCCACUACCGCCCCGGGCCCACCCGCUACUCGCUGACCUUUGAGGAGGCGCAGCAGGCAUGCCUGAGCGCGGGUGCCAUCAUGGCCUCCCCAGAGCAGCUCCAGGCUGCCUACGAGGCAGGCUACGAGCAGUGUGAUGCUGGCUGGCUGCAGGACCAGACUGUCAGAUACCCCAUUGUGAGCCCACGGACACCGUGUGUGGGUGACAAGGACAGCAGCCCCGGGGUGAGGACCUAUGGCGUGCGCCCAUCAUCAGAAACCUAUGAUGUCUACUGCUACGUGGACAAGCUCGAGGGGGAGGUAUUCUUCACCACAAGCCUGGAGCAGUUCACCUUCUACGAGGCACUGGCAUUCUGUGAAUCACAAAACGCCACACUGGCCUCCACUGGCCAGCUCUACGCAGCCUGGAUCCGCGGCCUGGACAAGUGCUACGCCGGCUGGCUGGCCGACGGCAGCCUCCGCUACCCCAUCGUCACCCCACGGCCAGCCUGUGGAGGGGACAAGCCGGGCGUGAGGACAGUCUACCUCUAUCCCAACCAGACAGGCCUCCUGGACCCGCUGUCCCGCCACCAUGCCUUCUGCUUCCGAGGUGUUCCAGUGGCGCCCUCUCGGGGAGAAGAGGAGGGUGGCACACCCACACCCUUUGCAGGUGUAGAGGACUGGAUCAUCACCCAAGCGGUGCCUGGUGUGGCAGUUAUUCCCUUAAGGGAGGAGACAACUGCAGUUCUAGACUUCACCACUAAGCCAGAAAACCAGACGGAAUGGGAACCGGCCUACACUGCAGUGGGCUCCUCCCCUCUGCCAGGGGUCCCACCCACGUGGCCUCCCACGGGCACAGCAGCAGAGGAAAGUACAGUGAGCCCUGGGGCAACUUCAGUGUCCUCCGCCUGGGAAACGCCUUCCACCUCAGAGGAGCCAUACACACCUUCUUCCAAGGUGCCUGGUGCUACCAAGCUGCCAGGCUCCUGGGAGGCAUCUGAGGCCCCUGACAUCAGUGGCGACUUUACAGGCAGUGGAGAAGCUCCAGGAGCCACUGCAAGCGGACUGCCCUCUGGAGACCUUGACUCCAGUGGUCUCACCUCCACAGUAGGCUCAGGUCUGCCCUCGGGACAUGGAGACAGAAUUGAGUGGUCCAGCACUCCUACUGUUGCUGGGUUGCCUUCUGGAGCCGAGGACCUAGAGGGCUCUGCCUCUGGUGUAGGGGACCUCGGUAGGCUUCCUUCUGGAAGGGAAGUUCCAGAGACUUCUGCCUCUGGAAUUGGAGAAGUCAGUGGACUUCCUUCAGGAAGUGAAGGUCUAGAAGUUUCUGUUUCUGGAGUAGGGGAAGUCAGUGGAUUUCCUUCAGGAGAAGAAGGUCUAGAGACCUCUACCUCUGCAGUAGGGGAAGUCAGUGGACUUCCUUCAGGAGAAGAGGGUCUAGAGACCUAUACCUCUGGAGUAGGGGAAGUCAGUGGGCUUCCUUCUGCAGAAGAUAUAGAGAUUUCCACCUCUGGAAUAGGGGAAGUCAGUGAACUUCCUUCUAGAGGAGAAGGUCUAGAAACUUCUGCUUCUGGAGUAGGGGAAGUCAGUGGACUUCCUUCUGGAGAAGGUCUAGAGACUUCUGCCUCUGGAGCAGAGGAAAUCAGUGGACUUCCUACUAUAGGAGAAGGUCUAGAAACUUCUGCCUCUGGAGUAGGGGAAGUCAGUGGGCUUCCUUCUAGAGGAGAUAUAGAAACUUCUGCCUCUGGAGUAGAAGUCAGUGGACUUCCUUCUGGAGGAGGUCUAGAGACUUCUGCCUCUGGAGUAGGUGAUCUCAGUGGUCUUCCUUCAGGAGAUCUAGAGACUUCAGCCUCUGGAAUAGAGGAUAUAAGUGUGCUUCCUACUGGAAGAGAAGGUCUAGAGACCUCUGCCUCUGGAGUGGAGGAUGUCAGUGGGUUUCCUUCUGGAGAAGAAGGUCUAGAGACUUCUGCCUCUGGAGUAGAGGAUAUCAGCAGACUUCCUUCUGGAGAAGGUCUAGAAACCUCUGUUUCUGGAGGAGGGGAUGACCUCAGUGGAUUUUCUUCUGGAAGAGAGAGUUUAGAGACCUCAGCUUUUGGAGAAGAGGACCUCAGUGGGUUGCCUUCUGGAAAAGAAGACUUGGUAGGGUCUGCUUCUGGAGACUUGGCCUUUGGCCGACUGCCUUCUGAAACUGUAGGAAGUGGACAAGCUCCAGACAAAAGUGGUCUUCCCUCUGGAUUUAGUGGUGAGUAUUCUGGAGUGGACUUUGGAAGUGGCCCAUCCUCUGGCCUGCCUGACUUUAGUGGACUUCCAUCUGGGUUCCCAACAGUCUCCCUAGUAGAUACUACACUGGUGGAAGUGUUCACAGCCACCAGUGCAAGUGAACUGGAAGGGAGGGGGACCAUUGGCAUCAGUGGCACUGGAGAAAUAUCUGGGCUGCCCUUUGAAGAGCUGGACAUUAGUGGAGGAACCAGUGGACUCCCUUUGGGAACUGAAGUCAGUGGCCAAGCAUCUGGAUCUCUUGACAUCAGUGGGGAAACAUCUGGAUUCUUUGGUGUUAGUGGACAGCCGUCGGGGUUUCCUGACAUCAGUGGGGGAACAUCUGGGAUUUCUGAGGUCAGUGGGCAGCCUUCAGAGAUUCCUUACUCCAGUGGGGAGACAUCUGGAGUGACUGAGCUCAGUGGACUCCCCUCCAUACAACCAGAUAUCAGUGGAGAAGCAUCUGGGGUUCUUUUUGGCAGUGGCCAAACAUUUGGCAUAACAGACCUGAGUGGAGAAACAUCCACAGGGCCUGAUCUCAGUGGACAGCCAUCAGGGCUGCCUGAGUUCAGUGGGACAACACCCAGAAUCCCUGACCUGUUUUCUGGUACCAUGAGUGGCAGUGGAGAAUCUUCUGGCAUUACAUUUGUGGACACCAGUUUGGUGGAAGUGACCCCUACUACAUUUAAAGAAGAAGAAGGCUUAGGGUCUGUGGAAUUCAGUGGCUUUCCUUCUAGGGAGACGGAUCUGUCAGGCACAUCUGGGGUAGUGGACAUCAGUGGACAGUCUUCUGGAACAAUCGGUUCCAGUGGGUUUAUAUCCCCAGCUCCAGAGUUCAGUGGCCUACCGAGUGGAGCAUCUGAGGUCAGUGGAGAAUUCUCUGGAGCUGAGGCUGGGAGCAGCCUGCCUUCAGGAGCAUAUGAUGGCAGUGGACUUCCAUCCGGGUUCCCCACUACCUCUCUUAUAGACAGAACCUUGGUGGAAUCUGUAACCCAGCAUCCAACAGCCCAAGAAGCUGGAGAGGGGUCUUCAGGCAUUUUGGAACUUAGUGGUGCUCAUUCUGGAGCACCAGAAGUGUCUGGAGACCAUUCUGGAAUUUUGGACCAAAGUGGACUCCAGUCUGGGGUGAUAGAACCCAGCAGAGAGCCACCAAGUACUCCAUAUUUUAGUGGGGACUUUUCCAGCACUGCUGAUAUAAGUGGAGACUCCUCUGCAGCCACCAGCAGCAGCAGGGAGGCCUCAGGACUUCCAGAAGUCACGUUAAUCACUUCUGAGUUAGUGGAGGGUGUGAUGGAAGCAACUGUUUCCCAGGAAUUCGGCCAAAGACCCCCUGUGACAUACAAACCCCAGCUUUUUGAGCCCAGUGGGGAAGCCUCUGCAUCUGGGGACAUUGGUGGGACAACAGCAACAUUUCCCAGCUCUGGAGUAGAAGCAUCGUCAGUCUUGGAAGGCAACAGUGAGUCCUCUGCCUACCCUGAGGCUGGUGUGAGGGCACCUGCUGUCCCUGAGGCCAGUGGAGAGGCGUCUGGGUCCCCUGAUUCAAGUGAAACCACCUCUGCCCUCCACGAAGCAGAUCUUGAUAGAGCCUCAGGCCUGGGUGUGAGCAGCAGCCCCUGGACCUUUCUGGGAGGCCCCCAGGAGGGGUCAGCUGCCCCAGAAGUCAGGGGGGAGUCAACCACCACCUCUCAAGUGAUCACAGAGGCUUCGGGUGCACCUUUGGCCACUCCCGUGGCUUCUGGAGACAGGACUGAAAGUAGCGGAGACCUGUCUGGUCACAGCUCAGGGAUGGAUGUCACCAUCAGCACCAGCGCCCCAGAGACCCAGUGGACCCAGCAGCCCAAGCACCCUGGAGAGGUCCAUCUAGAAAUGGAGUUCUCCAGCCCUUUGUACUCGGGAGGAGAGACCCACACAGCCGAAACGGCCACCUUCCCCACAGACGCUGCUGUUCCCACUUCUUCGGAGGGAUCCGGUGAAGCAGAAAGCACCAUUGCAGACCAGGAGAUGUGCGAGGAGGGCUGGACCAAAUUCCAGGGCCACUGCUACCGCCACUUCCCUGACCGUGAGACCUGGGCAGAGGCCGAGAGGCGGUGUCGGGAGCACCAGUCACACCUCAGCAGCAUCAUCACCCCCGAGGAGCAGGAGUUUGUCAACAGAAAUGCUCAGGACUACCAGUGGGUCGGCCUGAAUGACAGGACUAUUGAAGGGGAUUUCCGCUGGUCAGAUGGACAUCCUUUGCAAUUUGAGAAGUGGCGUCCCAACCAGCCGGACAACUUCUUUGCCACAGGAGAGGACUGUGUGGUGAUGAUCUGGCACGAGAAGGGCGAGUGGAACGAUGUCCCCUGCAAUUACCACCUGCCUUUCACGUGUAAAAAGGGCACAGUGGCCUGCAAAGACCCCCCUGUGGUGGAGCAUGCCAGGACCCUGGGGCAGAAGAAGGACCGGUAUGAGAUCAACUCCCUGGUUCGGUACCAGUGCACAGAGGGCUUUGUCCAGCGCCAUGUCCCCACCAUCCGGUGCCAGCCCAGCGGGCACUGGGAGGAGCCUCGGAUCACCUGCACAGACCCCACCACCUACAAGCGCCGACUACAGAAGCAGAGCUCCCGGCAAAGCCCUCCGAGCUUGGGCCACUGAGAGGAGCCUCAGGCAUUGCCCAGGAUGCUGAGCCCAGGAGCCCACCAGGCUGACCAGACCGCGCAUCUCCCCCCAAUGGUGUCCUCUUCUUGUUGCUUUUUGUCUUAUAAGGAAUCCCAUUAAAGAAGGAAAAACCAAAUCCCACAUUGUGCAUGCACCCACCCACCCCCAAAUCUCCAAAACCACAUCUAAUUUGUCCCCAAAACCCAAAGCAAAGCAAGCUCAUCACAACCCGUGGACUGAGAGGAGAGACAUUUCUUCAAUCUCCCGUCGUGCCUUUCCAGGGACAAGCGCAGGGACAGGGGGAGCAGGGAAGGGGUUAAGUUAAAUAAAGAAGAUUAUUUUUUGUUCCCUGACUUUAUCCAAGAGCAGUGCAAUGGUUGGUCAUUUCACCUCCAGGAAGAGCUAGGGCGGAAGGAGUGGGUGGAAAGGAUCUGGAAGGGGCUGGGGCUGAGUCUGAGGCCAGAAGGACUCAGACCCUACCACCGCAGCUGAAUGUAGGGGACACAAGGAGCCAGGAAGGUCGCACCAUCUGGAACAAGAGAAGCCUGGGGGCCCAGUGACAGGAGAGAGCCCCAUCAGAAGGAUCUUCCGCAAUGCCGGGGUCACCUUCCCUCCAAGGGUCCCCCCUCCAGUGUCCUCUCACCCAGUCAGCCACCCUAGCAGGUGUCAUCUCUCGGCAGGGCUGGGUGGGGGCACAUCCUUCCCAGGGGGCGUGCAGCCCUGCCCCUCCCCUCCCCCCUCCCCGGGACGGUGCAGGCACCAGGGUUCCGUGCACCUAUUUAUAUUUUUGAAAAACUAAAGAUUAUGAUAAUUAUAAUAAUAAAGACAUUG